AUGAAAUCCCCCACCUCCCUCCGCUCCUCCCUCCUCCUCAAUACCACAACCUCAUUCUGCUCCUCCCUGACCCAAUCCCAACCGAUCCCCCCCCUCGACCUAAUCCACCGAUUCUUCGUCUCCUCACCAAAAGUCACCGAGCACGGUCCCGAAUGGGCGCGCUCUCGUCUGCCGUUCUUGAGCAAGACGUUUAGUGGCAGGAAUGGGUGUGUUGAGUAUUUUGAGCUGCUUGGGGAGACGCUGAAGAUGGAGAUGGGGGAGGGGACGUUUCCGAGUAAGGAGAGUGGGGAGUGGGUUGUUGAUGAGGGGGGUUGUGUUGAGGGAGGAGAAGACGAGGGAGUUGUGACUGUUGUGGGAAAAGCGAGGUUUGAAAGUUUGAAGACGGGGAAGGGUUGGGAGGAGAAGUUUAUUUAUAGGUUCAGUGGGUUUGAUAGCUCCGGGAAGAUUGGACACUGGGAGAUUUGGGCUGAUCCGUUGAGUGCUUGGGUUGCUUGUGAGGAGGGAAAAUUCUGA